CAAUUUCAGCAGGCCGCCGAUGCGUCCAAGCCCAAGCCCAAGGAGAAGAGCCCAUUCGUUGUGCUGCGUGAGGCCACCUCGUUCUACGCCCAGAAGCACGCCAAGCUUGAGAAGGCCUCCAAGGCGCUCAUCGCUGCGGAGGCGUGGCUGGCCGACGCCAAGUCUCGACAGCUCGCUGCCGCGGAGUACCUCUUCGUGGCAGACCAAGCUCGCUUUGCUGCCCAGGAGGCGGCGCGGGGCGGCCCCGCAGGCAUCGAGAAGACGGAGCCCCCGACCGACCUCCUGACGGCCUUCGGCGUUGACCCGUCUCUCUUCCAGCUAUUGGACGAGUAUAAGGAGGAUGACAGGCAGAAACAACAGGCCCUCCAGAAGCAGGUCCAGGACGUGACCGUCCAGGCCAAGGCUCGCGAGCAGGAAUUAAAGGACUUACCCGCCUUCGCCAAGGCCGCGGCCUCCGCAUCGCGCAAGAAGCGGCGCGCUGAGGAUGGCGCCAAGGUGGGCGAGGCCCCAGCGGCUGUUGGCUCCCCUGAGGGAGGUGGCGCCACAGGCGGCUCUGGAGAAGCCGCUUCGGAGGCGGGCGCGGGCGCUGCUACCGGCGGUGCCGGGACUGCUUCGGCGGAGCAGCGCGCCAAG